UUCACCGAGGCCGUGUCCUCCUCCGUGGGAAUGAGGAACUGGCCAAGGAGGAAAAGAAACUGGAAACCAGUUUGAGGCGACCGCUGGAACCGUAAACAAACGCGGAGGACGUUCACAAGCAGCGAGAUUCCCUGGAAAUGCUUACAUACAAACGAAGCCUAGCUUAGCUUCCCAUUUGCCAGGUGCUUGUUGGCAUUUUCCGUCCCACCUUAAACGGUGCAGCAGUUACACUGUGGCGCCUCGGGCCAUUUAAGGUGGACCGGAAAAUUCCAACAAGCGGCUGAAGGAAACGAAGCUAACUCGGCGUUUUCCUGUCUGAUCUGCUCGGUGUGGAGUUUAGAGAUUAGGUCUGAGUUUAGAGAUGAUAUGUGAGCUCUGUAAGGGUCUCCAACCCCCCCCAGCGACCCCCCAUUCCCCCUUUCCCGAACACAGCUCAUUUGAGCCCGAGCGCUGUCUGUUUGUGUUUGCGGUGACGUCAGAGGCGCCGCGGCGACCGCGCUGAGCCCAGGAGACGAGCAGAGCCGCCCUUUCGACACAUCUCUCGGGGGAUUUGCUGCAGGUGAGACACGGGAUCCGUCCAGAUUCGACAUGGUCCUGCGAAGCUCCGCCCUCUCGCUGCUCCUUUGCGUGGGAAUCCUCCGUCCGUAUCCAGGCAGCGCGUCUCCGCACAAGACCGCAUGUACGGUGGAGCGGCGCAGGGCCGACUGCAGCCACCUGAAGCUGAACAAUGUACCUCCAGACCUUCCCCGGAACAUCAGCUCCCUGGACAUGUCCCAUAACCGGCUGACCGCCCUGGACCCCGCGGCCCUGGGACGCUACCCGGGUUUGGAGCACCUGGACGUGAGCUAUAACUCCAUUACGACGCUGGGACGGGGACCGUGUGACUCGCUGCCCCGCCUGCGGCGCCUCAGCGUCCAGCGCAACGAGGUCCACCAGCUGACCGAGAGCGACCUGAGGAACUGCUCGAGCCUGACCCACCUCGACCUUUCGGACAACCGGCUGAAGCUCCGCGGCGAGCCUUUCUCAGUCAUGAAGAACCUGACAUGGUUGGACGUUUCCCGUAACAAGCUGACCUCCGCUAGCCUGGGCUCUCGGCCCCAGCUGCCCGGCCUGGUGACCCUCAUCCUGUCUGGGAACGACUUCACAACCCUGAAGAGGGACGACUUCUCUUUUCUCAGCAGCUCCUCGUCGUUUCGGGUGCUGGGGCUUUCCUCUCUGCCUCUGAAGAAGGUGGAAAGUGGCUGCUUCAAGCCCAUCGCUGGACUCCGAGACCUGGUGUUGGACGGCUGCAACCUCAGCCCUCAGUUCCUUACCAAACUGUGCAAAGAGCUGUCAGACAUGCCUUUGAGAAACCUCUCGCUCCGCAACACUCAGCAAACUACGCUCAUAAACAGCACCUUCCAAGGCUUGGCCAGGACUAACCUCACCAUACUGGACCUCUCCAACAACAAAAUAGCCGGAAUCGCUGAGGGCUCCUUUCAGUGGCUUCCUCUGCUGGAGUCCCUUUCUUUAGAGAACAACAAUAUAAAGAGUCUGACCAAAGGUACCUUCAUAGGACUGAAAAGUCUGAUCAAACUCAACUUACAAAAGGCACUUGUUAAAACCAAGACGUCUCACUACCCGACAAUAGACGACUUCUCUUUUCAGCCGCUGGUCAAACUGGAAUAUCUGUUCAUGAAGGAAACUUCCUUUAGCAGGAUCGGUGAGAAUAUGUUUUAUGGACUUCCAUCUUUGAGAAAGUUGGACCUGAGCUGGAGCAAAACAGGUUUGAAGACCGUCGACAACACCACCUUUGCAUCCUUGCAUGGAUCUCCGUUCUUCCAGAUGCUCAAUCUGACAGGAACGGGGAUCACAAAGCUAGAACGUGGAGCUUUCUCAAGCCUUGGAAACCUCACCACUCUUGUGCUCAGGUACAACUUUAUCUCACAGGAACUAAUUGGGGGGGAGUUCCAGGGCCUCAACAGUGUGGAGGAAAUUUACUUGUCUUCCAACCAGCAGAAGAUCAGCUUAACCCCCACAUCCUUCAUCUAUGUGCCCACGUUGAGGAUACUAACAUUAAAUCGUGCAUUGACUGGAACUCUAGACAUGGAACCGUCUCCAUUCAGACCGCUGACCAACCUCACAGUGCUGGAUCUCAGCAAUAAUAACAUUGCAAACAUCAACAGAGGCUUGCUGGAAGGACUGCACAAUCUCAAGGUGUUGAGAAUGCAGCACAACAACCUGGCUAGAGUGUGGAAGAACGCUUACCCUGGGGGUCCAGUGCUGUUCCUCAGGGACACUCAGAAUCUCUCUGUUCUAGAGCUGGAUUAUAACGGUCUGGAUGAGAUUCCACUCAGAGCCUUGCGAGGCCUUUUCCAGCUAAAGGAACUCAGUCUUAGCGGGAAUCUUCUGAACUUCCUGCAGAGCUCCAUAUUUGAUGACUUGCAGUCCUUGCGCUACCUACGGAUGCAGAAGAACCUUUUGACGUCGGUGCCCAUGGAGACAUUCGGCGUGCCGCUGUCCAACCUGACUGAGCUUCACAUGGAGCACAACCCCUUCGACUGCACCUGUGACAGCAUCCAGUGGUUCUCCGAGUGGCUUAACACCACCAACACCAGCGUCCCUGUGCGUGCACAAGGUUAUAUCUGCAACACUCCGCCGGCUUACUUCAACCGCUCUGUGAUAUACUUUGAGACAGACUCCUGCAAGAACCUGACUCUCUUCCAAGCCUUGUAUGUGCUCAGCAGCACUCUGGUACUUGGUCUGAUGGUUAUAGCCUUCCUGGUACACUUUCAGGGCUGGAGGAUUCAGUUCUACUGGAACAUCCUAAUUAAUCGCACCCUAGGUAUGAAGGGCUCUAGAUAUAAAAGGUUAUCGGAAGACAGAUAUGAACAUGAUGCCUAUGUUAUCCAUGCUCCUGAUGACAAAGCCUGGGUGGAACGAAGCUUGCUUCCCUUAGAGGGUGAUAAUCUGAGCUUUUUCUUGGAAGAUCGCAAUGCAGUGCCAGGCUAUUCCAUGGUGGAGACCAUUGUUGACAACAUAAGGAGGUCAAGGAAGAUCAUUUUUGUUGUCACAGAGGCACUUUUGGAGGAUCCCUGGUGCAGACAGUUUAAAGCCCACCAUGCACUGCACCAGCUGAUGGAAGACAGUCGAGACUCCCUGGUCCUAAUUUUCCUUCAGGACGUCACUGACUAUCGCCUGAGCCGGUCUCUCCUGAUACGGCGAAGCAUGCUAAAGUCACGCUGCAUUGUCCACUGGCCCUUGCAGAAGGAACGCAUUGUCGCAUUCCACCAGAAACUGAUGAUAGCAUUAAACUCCAGCAACAGGGUCGGCUAAAGCCUGUUAGCAGGCCGUACGGUUGCCUUUAGUGACUGAAACCCCUCCUUGGCAGUUGCGUGGCUAGCAUGGUUAAGGGUUUUUGAGUUACUAGUGAGUUACAGAGUGAUCUACCAACCUCACUGUUUGCUGGCUUGCGAGAGAAUCAGCUAAAUCAGUGAGUUGUUGCUUGUAUUGACAAAACAGGGAAUAUGCUAACAGUGUUCUUUCUGCAGUGAUAAAAGACCUGCAUGUUCUGAGGGUGGGGUUACAUUUCUAAGUGCACUUAAAAGGCCAAUCUGUCGAUCUGUUCAUAUUAAUUUUUUCAUUUUCUUCAUAAAACUAGGUGUUUCACACUUAGUCGGAAUACAGAGUUGUAGGUAAAGAAAUGCUGAUGGUUCUACAAUGCAUAUUUUGCACUACUUGGUGCUCAGAGGAUGACAUGGUCUUCGUCAAUAUUACCCGAUAUGAGCUCAAAUCUAGAGAACUGAGCACUUAUUUUAUUUAAUUUCCAGUCAAGGUAUUCAUUGUUAAGUGUCAGUAAAAAGCAGAAAACACAUAAAUUACUCAGCACCUCAACAACUAAACAUAACAUCCCAUUGUUUCAGCAUUUAGUCUGUUCACUCUUUGCCUUUAUUACAGCUUCCAUUCUUUUUGGGAGGGAUAUUUUUCCACACCUCCAAAGUUCAGUCUUAAAGUUAGUUUGCUUCUCCAGCUUUCUUUGUUUGAUUUGCACGUUGUCUUUUUCUCAGUAAAAGCAGUUUAUUGCUUUGUAGCGCCCUCAUGUGGCUGGGAUAAGCAGGGUGAAGUGUAUGGCAGGGUUUUUCAACCACUUGGACCCUCUGGUGAUCAAGGAGAGGGAGCCAGUGGUCUGUAGUGGGCUGGCGAUGGCACUUUGACAGAAAUAAUUGGCUUAAAAAUAAGAAAGAAAUGUUUUUAAACAAUAUUAAUACAAGCUAUGAAAAAAGUCUCAAAUUAUCCACAACUGAAUGAUUGGAGGUGCAGGAUCAUUCCGCUGAAAUAGCCACCAUUCCGCCUGAUUUCUGGGGUAAAAUAAGCUUAUAUUAGCCUGAUAUUUUGAUAUCAUAUGCAAACGUGUGGCACCCAAACAUUGCGGUGUUGAAACAUUUCCAAAAAUUAUUUAUUUAAGUAUUUUUUUAUUUUCCCGUGUGUUUUCCAUAGCGGUGUCCAUCUUGCUCUUUAUAAAAGGGAUCAGUGGCCAUAGGAGAGCUUAAAAUAUGCAUUAUCGUAAUGCAAACUGCCAACUAAUCACUGUUUAUUCAUUGAAGGGUCAAUUUCAGUUGAUGAUUUUGAGUGUAAUCAAGUUCAGUAAAUGAACUGUUACAGCCCCACUGAACUGUAUACAUACUGGUAACUAUGGAAACUUGAUCAUCUGCGUUCUUUACUCACCACAAUGGAACGGUUCUCCAUUUUACUGGAAGCAGUUCUGCAUCAUUUCUGAACUAAGCAUGAUUAAUUUGCACUAUAGAAGCUUAAAUGUUGUACUUUUCUCCGUAUCGUGUUUACACUGAUGAUAUGAUGUUAAUACUGUGUGUAAAUAAUCUUUGCUGAUAUUUCAGAAGCCUUAAAGAUGACUGUCAUUUCCAUUGCUCAGGCUUUGUUAGUUGUGCUAUACUGCCAUCUAGUGGUGUUUUGUGGAUGAGUUAACUUUUUUUUUUUUGAUAAAAUGCAAAAAAGCCUGUUAAUAAGUUCAAGAAAUACAGAAAAAAAUAUAAAAAAUGCUUAAUUUGAUGAACUAAUCUGAUUUACAGCUCACUGACAUCUGCACCCACAUUUUCAGACUAAACAUUUCCUACAGAUGAUGCACUUCGAUUAUGGCCCUCAACUUCAGUCAAUUCUCUGAAAUAAUUUAACUUUUUUACAAUCAUCUUGUCUCCCGAAUGGCAAACUUGUGUAAUGUAACUCCAUUGUUUCCUAAACUGACUUUGGGUUUUAUUCAGUUUGUACAGUAAAUCUGCUGCUCUUUGAAA